AUGGCACUCGACGCCGAGGCACUUCCGACGCUCGCGCAACAAUGGGCAUCUCUGGGCGCUGCACACGCACCUGCUGAAGAUGUACCCGAGGACUCGCCGCGUAUUGCCUCGGCACUAAACACGUUCGCGUCGUACGUGGAUGAGUCGAAAAAGAUUUAUUUAAGUGCGCAAGCUUCUGGGCGCAGGAUCAAUGUGUUUUUUGGUCGCAGUCAUCUCAUGCAGAGCCUAUCCUUUGAUGACGUGCCUGGUGGUAAGGCGGCCGUCCUCAAAGGCGUGAGCAGCGUUGCACUUGGUACAGAAGCGCCAGGUUCCGAUAAUCUGAUGCUCGUCGCGUCGUUCGGUGGUAUUAUUGCGAUUUGGCGACUAGACGCGCUCAAUAUGGCAAAGAUGGGUCAAGCGCCAAUCUACUCGCGGUGGCGCUUAGAUGGGACUCUCCCUUUGCGUGGGCAACUCGUAUCUUCCGUUAGCGUAUGGAAAGGCAACCUUGCAAUCGGCAGCAACAAGUGUGUAUCAAUAUGGAAACGCGGUACCUAUGCAAGUGCCCCUUGGCGGAAUAUCUGGUCUGCUCGCACGCCCAGGCCGCUUCUCCGUGUACAGUGGUCGGCUGAUGGCCAAUUCCUAGCUGCUGUGCCACUUUGCGACACGCGCGUGCUUGUUUGGCGUGUCCAUGAUAAACAAGUACAUUUGAUCAGCAAGCUGCGACACACGCGGCAUGUCCAUUCACUCCAUUGGCGGCGCGCUCGCGAAGACCUGGAAAAUGUUCCGGUGCUUGUGGUGAUAACAUCGAAUUCAGUGGCUCAUGUGUACACAAAGAUGCCCGAGGAAUCUCCUGCGUUCUAUUUAUGGGCAUCCAUUGACGCAGCGAGCUCUUUGGAAGGCGUCGUGCCUGCCAGCGACACAUCCGCGAUGCGACAUGUCGUUUCACUUAUGUAUUGUGAUGCAUAUUAUAUCUCAGUGGCUUUGCACCAUGAUAUACAAUUGCUCGAGCAACAGGAACAACUGCACAUCACGGGCAUUGGAAAUACCUCAUCGGCAGAGAGCCAGCGGCGCUCAGCGCGCAUCAAGCAACUUAAACAGUACAUGGAGCAGGGUCCUGACGUCUUUUUUGCACUCCUGGCGGACGGAUCGCUGGCCUUGUUUGUUCUGCUCAAUAUCGAGAAAAAUACGCCCUCUCUUUCUCAAACGCUGUUCACUCUCAAGGUUCCACCUUGCAUUUCGGCGGAACUAUCGCAUGCGCCACUCAUGCUCGAAUUCAUGCCACUUGCACCCAGUACAUCUCGGGUUUCAGAUAUUUAUCCAACAGCACUGAUCCACGGCCAUACUGCGUCCGGUUUGCGUGGAACAAUGGCCGUCUCGCUUCUACUUCUUCUCGAUGGUGAUGUACAUGGCCUAUUUGUGCAAAAUACCACUACCGAUGCUAGCAUGCCAGCACAUUCACCCUCGCAUGCUCACGCCUUCUUGCGUGCGGAGCACCGAUCGGACAUUCUGUCUUUGCAAACGACAAACGAUCAUCAUUCGCUUCUAAGUUUCUCGCGCGACGGUGUGAUGAUCUGGUGGAACCUGUGCGAACACGGAGAAGCUGUUUCCAUGAAUUCAGAAUACCAAGUUCGUUUACGAAAUGCCUAUGCUGUGUGCGCGAUGGGGCAGGGUCCGAACCUGAUUGCCCUGGACGAGUCACACUUAGUGCUAGCACUUUUUGACAAGAGCUCCUUCGCGAGCUCUUCAUCCCAUGUUACGACUGUCAACAACAUUUCCAUGAUGUUCUCGAAGUUGCAAGGUGUGACUCCAGACACGCUUGUAGCUCUUUAUUCAUUCGAGGCACAAGAUGCACAUAAUGUCGUCCUUGUUCGGCAAGAUGGGAGCUUACUGACAUGGACAUGUGCAUCAACAUCUUCUGGCUGGGUCUUGCAUCCCAUGCAAACACAUCGACUCAAUACCGAUGAUGUCGUUUGUGCCGAACUAGUGUCACACUGGCACCCAAUAGAGUGCAAACCAGUCUUAAUCACCUUAUCGAGCUCAGGCACCCUGCAUGUUUGGGAAGCAUUGACGUGGACUUGUCUACAUACAAUUGAGACGCAGCAAAAUGCAGUGGGGCUGUGUGCGGACAUACUGGGUCACAUUGCUGUUCUUUCACACACCAAUCGGACAUGGAAGGUGUCUAUUCAUGAUGUGCGGCUCUUGCCAUUUGCCAGUACACUCGUUCACGAACAUAAUAUGAGCAAUGUAGCCCAUACACCAAGCCUCGCUUGGACAACGACCUGUGACUCUGGUGCUAUGCUAGCGGUCAGCGGGGACCAGCGAGUGACUCUGUUUGUCGAGGCACAAUUCGUAUGGGCGCCAAUUGCACGUGUUGAUUUGCAGGGGAUGGGCUCAGCGAAUAUCAGUCAUGUGGGAUGGGUAGCACCACAUCGCCUGCUUGUGACAUCGACGUGCCAGUUGUUCCUUUUCGAAUCGGAGGUGAAGGCCGACGGCUGCAAUGUCACGGCACAAGAUCUAUGGACGCAUCGUAGCCACAUGCGGCCGUAUCAUGACGCUUUAUUUCUGCUUCGAUGCAUGCAAUUCGGCUUGACAAAGGAUGCAUGUGCCAGCAUUCAGCUCAUCGAUGCAGCUUCGAGAAAUGGGCGUUGGAACCACUUAUCUUGGUCAUUUGAACGCGAGCCUUUGACUGCAUUGCGUAUUUCAAAUCCAAUUCCUGCAAUGUUAGAACGCAUCCAGGCCAACGGACUUGUGGACAUUGAUUCGCAUUCCGUGCCAGCUUUGCUAGCCGUUUUGCAAGCGGCACAUCAAAUCGUCCGAACAGACGUUGACGUGCAUGCGAAACAGUACCUACUGUCAUGGUAUGCAUCGCAGCACACUUCUGCCCCCAUCAUAUGGGCCUAUCUGAGCGAAACGCAAGACGCGCUCUUAUCCAAAGUCACAAGUGAAUGGGCUGACCGCAUUUCAUGGCCUAUGGUGCGAGACUCGGGCGUCUUUGGCUGGAUGCGCUCACGCGAAGCGCUGCUACCGAUCAUGGAACAGGUUGCACGUGCUGCGUUCACCGCUGGCGACGACAUUGACCCAAUCCGCUGUUCACUAUUUUACCUCGCACUGAAGAAGCCGCAAAUGCUCAAGUCCGUUUGGCGCCGUGCUGUGGGCCAUCCUGAUCAAUCUAAAAUGAUCGCGUUCCUCGGGCACGACUUUUCUGAAGAACGUUGGCGCGUCGCAGCACAGAAAAAUGCAUAUGCGCUCAUGAGCCAGCGACGUUUCGAGUUUGCUGUGGCGUUCUUCUUGCUGGGUAAUGCUUUAUCUGAUGCCGUACAUGUAUGUGUACGUCAGUUAAACGACGUUGCUUUGGCCAUUGCUCUUGCCCGUGUGUUCGAGAAUGAGGAUCAAGGGCCUGUAUUCAAGCGCGUUCUCCGGCAGUAUGCGGUGCCACACGCGCAUGAGACGGGCGAUCGCUGGUUCGGUAUGUGGGCACACCUUGUACUGGGCGAGUAUGCAGAAGCGGUGCACAUGAUCACAAAACCGUUAAGCUCCUCUGUGAGCGGACCUUUGUUUGACUUGCCGGAUCCUAGCUUGCUCAUGGUACUAGAAUAUUUCAAACGCCACUAUUGGUGUUAUGCUGCACUAUCUCCACAAGAUGAAACGCGCUGCGUUGCUUUCUAUGCACAGUUGCUUUCGCGUACAGGCUGCGAUCUAGUUGGGCUAGCCAUGUUGAGGUCCUGGUCAUUCGCUCGCCCUGCGAAGCCACCAUCCCAUGUCGAGGCGAGGAAUCCAGAUCCCGAAUCUACAGAUUCGGAUAGGCCAGAAGUGUCGAAGAAAAUCGGCUCACUCAUGGGCGAGCGACGUCCGCCCCCCGCCCAGAGCAUGGCUGAAUUUGAUAUGUCAGCGUUCGGGUUCUAG